CUCAUUGUCGGGAUCAAGGCAAGGACAAGACAGCCCAUUUGCUGCGGUCUGUGUUGUGUGCUCUGCAUUGUGUGAUAGUUGUUUGGAUAGUGGUCGCAGCCCCGGCUUGGAGACAAUUUCACACCAGUGACAUCACCUCUGCUCUGCGCAUUUACAGUCGGCACAAGCUGGGACAGUCAGAACAGAACUAGCGGUCAUCCUCGAGAAAAAGGGAAGCGAUAGGACACAGGUGCAGUGAAAUAAAACUGGCGGUGCUCUGAGGAUGCAGAAGUCACCCGUGGAAGAUGCAAACUUCCUCUCCAAAUAUUUCUUCUGGUGGACAUCUCCACUGUUGAGGAAGGGCUUCAGAAAGAAGUUGGAUUUGACAGAUAUCUAUAAAGCACCAUCGUUUGAUCUCGCAGACAAUCUUUCUGAACGACUAGAAAGAGAAUGGGACCGAGAAGUGGCAUCGGCCAAGAAGAAGCCUCGGCUCCUGCGGGCGCUCUCCCGUUGUUUCCUCUGGCCUUUUGUGUUCUACGGAAUCCUGCUGUACUUUGGGGAGGCGUCGAAGACAGUGCAGCCCCAGCUCCUGGGUCGUAUCAUUGGCUCGUUCGACCCCUUUCAUGCCCCGGAGCGGGAGCAGGGCUACUACCUGGCCCUGGGUCUCAGUCUUCUCUUCGUCGCUCGCUUCCUGCUCCUGCAGCCAGCCAUCUUUGGACUGCACCACCUGGGCAUGCAGAUACGCAUCGCUCUCUUCAGCCUCAUCUAUAAGAAGACUCUGAAGCUGUCCAGCCGAGUCCUGGACAAGAUCAGCACAGGUCAGCUGGUCAGCCUGAUGUCAGCCCACCUCAACAAGCUGGAUGAGAGCCUUGGCCUGGCCCACUUUGUGUGGAUCACCCCUCUGCAGUGUAUCCUGUGUGUGGGUUUGAUCUGGGAACUGAUAGAGGUGAAUGGUUUCUGUGCCCUGGCUGCCCUCACCCUGCUGGGCAUUGUACAGGCCUGCCUCUCACAGAAGAUGGGGCCUCACAGGCAGAAAAGAGCAGGGAUGAUCAGUCGUCGCCUGGCUCUGACCUCAGAGAUCGUAGAGAACAUCCACUCAGUGAAGGCCUACGGCUGGGAGGAGGUGAUGGAGACCAUCAUCAAGAACAUCAGACAGGAUGAGAUGUCAUUGACGAGGAAGAUUGGUUCUCUGCGUUACUUCUACAGCGCCUCRUACUUCUUCUCUGCCAUCCUGGUCAUUGUGUCAGCCAUUGUGCCACACGCCCUCAGCAAGGGCAUUAUCCUGAGGCGGAUCUUCACCACUGCCUCCUACUGCAUGGUGCUCCGUAUGACCCUCACCAGACAGCUGCCCGGCUCCAUACAGAUGUGGUACGACACCCUGGCGCUGGUCACAAAGAUAGAGUUUGAGAAAAUUAAGCAGGAGAACAAGGCUAACGGCCACCCUAACGGUGACGCAGGGUUGUUCUUCACAAACCUGUACGUCACACCCGUCCUCAAGAACAUCAGCCUGUAUCUGGAGAAGGGACAGAUGCUGGCCGUGGCUGGAUCCACCGGCUCUGGGAAGAGUUCCCUGCUGAUGAUGAUCCUGGGGGAGCUGGUCCCGUCAGAGGGGACGAUCAGACACAGUGGGCGGAUCUCCUUCUCCCCCCAGACCUCCUGGAUCAUGCCCGGAACCAUCCGUGACAACAUCCUGUUUGGCCUGACCUACGACGAGUUCCGCUACACCUCUGUCAUCAAGGCCUGUCAGCUGGAGGAGGAUCUGGCCCUGCUGCCGGAGAAAGACAAGACGCCCCUUAUGGAGGGAGGGGUGACCCUAAGUGGAGGUCAGAGGGCGAGGAUAGGCCUGGCCAGAGCUGUGUAUAAAGACGCCGACCUCUACCUACUGGAUUCACCUUUUACCCACCUGGACAUUGUGACUGAGAAAGAGAUCUUUGAGAGGUGUCUGUGUAAACUGAUGUCCUCCAAGACUCGUAUCGUGGUCACUAGUAAGCUGGAGCACCUGAAGAGAGCGGACAAGAUCCUUCUGCUUCACAACGGUGUGUGUUACUUCUACGGCUCCUUCUCCGAGCUGCAGGCCAAGAGACCAGACUUCAGCUCCCUGCUCCUGGGCCUGGGGGCCUACGACAACAUCAACGCCGAACGCCGAAGCUCCAUCCUCACCGAGACCCUCCGACGCGUCUCUAUCGAUGAAUCCGCCGUCUUCCGUGGCCCCGAACCCAUCCACCAGUCCUUCCGCCAGCCCCCGCCACCGAUCAUCUGUACAAACAAUGGCCCUCAAGCCAUCACCGUUGCCGGGGGGGACGGUCUCACAGCAGCGGAAAAACGUAAACAGUCAAUUAUCCUUAAUCCGGCCCGUAAAUUCUCCUUCAUCGGUACGGGGCCACAGAAAGCCCAGGCUCCUCCACCCGGGUCCACCACUAUCGAGGAUGCCGUGCGAGAGCUGUCAGAGAGGAAGUUCUCAGUGGUGCCCGAGGACGAUCAGGUUGAAGAGUCGCUGCCGCGGGGGAACCAGUACCAUCAUGGCCUGCAGCACCUGAGCGGGCAGCGCCGCCAGUCUGUGCUGCAGUUCAUCACCAACGCCCGGGGGGAGGGCAGGAGGGAGCAGCUCCAGACGUCCUUCAGGAAGAAGCUGUCCAUCACGCCGCAGUGCGAGCUGGCCUCUGAGCUGGACAUCUACGCACGACGCCUGUCCACAGACAGUGUCUAUGACAUCAGCGAGGAUGUGGACGAUCAGGACAUGGAGCAAUGCUUUGCAGACAGGCGUGAGAACGUGUUCGAGACGACGUCGUGGAACACCUACAUGCGUUACAUCUUCACCAACAGGAACCUCGUCUACGUCCUCAUCUUCAUCUUCCUCGUCUUCGCUGUAGAGGUUGCUGGCUCUGUCCUGGGGAUAUUUCUUAUCACAGAUAAGAUCUGGACAGAGGAGGCCAACCCGUCGGCGCCGAACUACGUAGACCAGCAACACGCCAACGCCUCGUCACCCGCCGCCCAAAAGCCAGUCAUCGUCACGCCGACCAGCGCCUAUUACAUCAUCUACAUCUACGUGGCGACGUCGGAGAGCGUUCUGGCGCUGGGGUUCUUCAGAGGCCUGCCAUUGGUCCACACUUUACUGACCGUGUCCAAGAGGCUGCAUGAACAGAUGCUGACCGCUGUGCUCAGGGCCCCCAUGGCCGUACUCAACACUAUGAAGACCGGUCGGAUCAUGAACAGGUUCACUAAAGACAUGGCCACCAUCGACGACAUGCUUCCCCUUGCACUGUUUGACCUCAUCCAGUUAACUCUGAUCGUGCUGGGUGCCAUAUUUACUGUGUCCAUCAUGAGGCCGUACAUCUUCAUUGCCGCGAUCCCAUUGGCCGUCAUAUUCGUGGUUCUGAGGAAGUACUUUCUGCAUACGGGACAGCAGCUCAAACAACUGGAGGCUGAGGCCCGUAGCCCUAUAUUCUCCCACCUCAUCAUCUCUCUGAAGGGUCUGUGGACUAUACGUGCGUUUGGUCGUCAGUCCUACUUUGAGACGUUGUUCCACAAGGCCCUGAACACCCACACGGCCACCUGGUUCCACUACCUCGCAACGCUGCGAUGGUUCCUCUUCCGCUGUGAGAUCAUCUUCGUCUUCUUCUUCUCCGCCGCAGUCUUCAUCGCCGUGGGAACCAACCAGGACAAGCCUGGGGAGAUUGGCAUCAUCGUAGCCUUAGCCAUGCUCAUCCUUGGGACGUUCCAAUGGGCUGUCAUUACCAGCAUCACUGUGGACGGACUGAUGCGAUCGGUAGACCGGGUCUUCAAGUUCAUCGACCUGCCUCAAGAGGAGCCCAGACCCAGCGGUGGAAGUGGUAAAGGAACAGACCUGGUGAUCGACAACCCCCACGCCCAAGACUGCUGGCCCAACCAGGGCCACAUGGACGUCCAAGGACUGACCGUCAAAUACACAGAGGCUGGACGCUCCGUCCUGCAGGACCUCUCCUUCACUGUGGAAGGAGGACAGAGUGUGGGUGUGUUGGGGAGGACGGGUUCAGGAAAGAGCACCUUGCUCUCUGCCCUCCUGCGGCUGGCCUCUACAGACGGAGAGAUCUCCAUCGAUGGGGUCUCCUGGAACUCUGUCACCCUACAGACCUGGAGGAAAGCCUUCGGCGUGGUGCCACAGAAAAUCUUCAUCCUGACUGGUACAUUCCGUAUGAACCUGGAUCCACACGCUCGCUACAGUGACGAGGAACUGUGGCGGGUGGCUGAGGAGGUGGGUCUGAAGUCCGUGAUAGAGCAGUUCCCAGACAAGCUGGACUUCCAGCUGGAGGACGGGGGUUACGUCCUGAGUAACGGACACAAGCAGCUCAUGUGUCUGGCCCGCUCCAUCCUCAGCAAGGCCCGCAUACUGCUACUGGACGAACCCAGCUCAUUCCUCGACCCCAUAACGUUGCAGGUCCUGAGGAAGACGCUGAAACAGUCUUUCUCCAACUGUACAGUCAUACUGUCAGAACACAGAGUGGAACCACUGCUGGAGUGCCAGUCCUUCCUGAUGAUCGAGGGCAGUUCUAUGAAGAGGUAUGACUCCAUUCAGAAGCUGUUUAAUGGGACCAGCCACCUGAAGCAGGCCAUGAGUGCUGCUGAGCGCCUCAAACUCUUCCCCCUGCACCGCCUCAACUCCAGCAAGCGACCCCCUCAAUCCCAGCAGCCCAAGAUCACCGCCCUGCAGGAGGUGGCUGAGGACGAGGUCCAGAACACGCAUCUUUAAGGAGCCCCGGAUUAACUGGACGCCAUUUUGUCUACUGGAAUGCUCUUUCUCGAUGAAACUCUCCUCGUUGCCUUGCAUCCUCUCUCCUCGACUCCUUGUCAAAACACAUUGGAAAAGUAGGCCUGAGGGACCUUGAACUUUCUCCUCCGAUAUGGUUGAGGAGGCAAGGAGAUAGGUUGCAAGGAAUCGUGGAAAGAUGCGCUGCUGACUCAUCCAAGUGCCUCUAGUCUAGAUGAUAAGAGUGUGAAUGUGAGAUGUGGUCGGUCCUUAUUGGUACACGCAGGGCUCUGUUCAAUCAAAAGACACCAUCCUGGUGUUUCCAGAGUGAGAUUUGUUUCACUUUGAAAACAUUGGAAUGCCAGUUUUGUUUGAGUAUAUAAGGCCACACUUUUUAAGCAAGAUUGUAAGAAGCAUACUCAAAAGCUGCCUGUAAAUACAGAGUAGGAUGACAUUGAUCUGAGGUCAGUUUUGUUUCCCUCCCAAUGGUUGUUAGGAGUUGGAAGGAAAAGUGUGCCGCAGGGCAACUUAUAUUCAAAGCUAUAAAUACACAAAACAGGAAUGAAUGGUGGGUGAUGCUAUGGACAAGUGUUUCUAUUUGUAUGCACUUUAAAGAAACCAGAGGCACUUUUUCAUGGUAGGUUAAUAGCAAGGAAAAUAAAUUAUCAAAUGCUGCAUUCAUUUUUUUUAUUUUUUUUACGCUUUUUCAAAUGUGAUUUGUCAAGCUCCCUCUUGUACUUCUGGAAUUUAAAUAUUUUUGUGUCCUUUCUGGUCUUUUUAUUUGGCACAUUGCUCCUUAGUGAUAUUAGACAACAGUUUUUAUAACGAUACGAUAAAAUAUGGUACCGUGGUUACUGGUUAGACACCUUGAAAUGUAACUGACUACAGCCAAUUUUUUUGUGUAAGAAAAGCUCUUUCUUAUUCAUCGGAAAGAGACGCAGGUCCAAAAAUGUAUAAAUUGUUUUGUUUUUCCAUUAGAAUAUUCUGAUUUCAAACAAUUAUAUUUCCUGUAAAACGAUUUUGAUAAAAGACGAGGUCAUUGGUAAGACAGCGUUUCUCAACUCCUGUCCUGAAGACCCCCUGUAAAUGCAGGUGGUUUUCAAUUCGAAAAAUGUCUCUCAUUAACUUGACCCAAGUUAUAGAGAAUUACACCUGCAUUCUUAGAAGUGUUACCGCCUUCCCUUAGAAAUUGUUUGUGAAGCCUCUAUGUAGUGCUUCAUAGUGCAUUCAUAAGCUGUUUGUUUUACAUUCUCAGUUGAAGGUCCUACAUACUGUACCCAGGCCAGUGGUCUGGUGUAAGAAGACAUGAGGUGGACUGGUGGGGUUAACAGUGCAGUUUUAAUGGUUGUUCUUAAAGGAAGCAGGACAUUACUUCAGACAGCGAUCAUACAGAUCAACACCAAAGGUUGACUAAAAUAUCUCCUGUACAUUUAUCAACAAUGGCCAUUCAAAAUAACACUUUUCAU